AUGGUAAGACUUAGCCCAAUUUUAAUUCUAGCUACAAUCGACGCAUUCCUGUGUUUAGCCGCAGAUGAACCAUCACCUGAACAAUUAAGUUCAGCCAAACAAGAAGCUGCAGCUGCUGACUUGCAGUUCUUCAUCGAAUUCUUAGAUGAUUUUAACGUGAACCUGGUCUCAUAUACAUCAUAUAUGAAUGAAGCAAAAAUGACAUUGCCGCAGGAUGUUGCCAAUUAUUACUAUCAUUUGAAAAGUGUAACUGAAACCACUCAAUUGCUUGAUGAUUUAGCCACCAGCUUCCCAUUCACUGAGUUCAAGACUUUUAUCACAGCUUUUCCUUGGUAUUCCUCUAUAUUAUCUGAGGCGUCUGCAACAGAUUUCUAUGUGCCUGAUGAUUUUAUUACCCAGCAAGCGGAAGUACCAGUAACUUCCUCUAUCGCUCCAUCGACUGGACAGGUAACACAACCUCCUGCAACCACAGCCUCUUCUUUAGAGGGUUUAACUACCGAUCUCCCCAGUAACGCAUCUUCCACUAUUGUCUCCAAUGUAUCCACCACAACUGUGACAGCCUUCCAAAGUGUAAAUCUAGGCUCAAAGGCUGAUAAGUAUGUCCCUCUGUUGAUAUUGGCGAUUUUAUGUUACUUGUUUUGA